UGUGUUUAUGUGUGCGCGCUUUCAGCAGACAGCAGCCCCACGCGGCUCACCCUGUCCACUAAUGCAUGUUCGGAGCUCGUGAAUAAAGCGGCUAUGGAGCACAGAGAAGCGAAGUUUAGCGAGAAAGAUAAACCUGCCGCGUCUGCAUGGAGCCAAAAUGGCGGCAGCGAGGAAGAGUAUGAAUGCGCGGACGGUCUGGAUGAAGAGAAACGCGUCAAGAGCGUCUCAUGGGCCUUGAAACCAGCCGAAGAGCCGCUGCGACUCAACUUCCACAUCCCCCGAAAGAGCCGAGAGAAGAGAGCUCUGUUUCAGUAUGUUUCUACGGAAUCAAGAGAGUUCACAGACAUUCUGCAGAUCCUCACCUCCAGUUACAAGGAUUCAUCAUCUACGGGCAUGUAUGUGUAUUCUAAACCUCGCCUCGUCCACAAUGACACAUUGGAGAAAGAUUUCAUGGAGAAGAGAAAAGAACUGAAGCUUGAUGGACGAAUGGAUAAAGAGCUUUCAGAAUCAUUUUGCUUCAUGCUGUGUGAUGCUCUAAAGGUCCCAGUGGUGUGUGAGAGAGGGCUGUGUGUCAGCAGCAGCUGGAUGAAUAUGUUGGGGAACCCAUCUAAAGGUGUUUACCUGUGUCAGUUUUCUGAUUUACUUCAUAUCAACCCAAUGGAGGCUGGAGCAACAGGAAACAUCAUCAUAUUCAAAGUGAUAAAGGGUAAAGUAAAGAGCGUACAUGACUGUAUGUCCAGAAGUAUGGAUCCAACACCAAAAUUUGACAGCCAUUUCUCCAAGAACUCUACUCGAGUGACCUCCUUACAGUCAUACAAGGCGUUUGAGUAUACUCAGCAAUACUUCUAUGAGUAUGUGGAUUUUGAGAUUUCGUCCAGGCCGAGACACGUGCGUCCGUAUGCGGUGGUCUCUUAUCAGUUUAAAAGCAGAGAGGCUUCGACAGCUGCUACUAAACCGCUAGCUCCUCUCAGGUGCAACAGUCAGCCAUCAGGGACCACCAGAGGGUCUAUUGUGACAGGCAGGCGCAGCUACACAGUAUGGCGAGGACAUUUUGUGAACGGGGGAAAGGACAUGUAUCAGGCCUGCCUUCGAUCUCUCUCUCAAACCUUCCUGCCCUACAAACUACCUGAGAGGAUAGAGAUUGGUAAAGUGAUGAAUCUGGAGCAGGUGAAGCAAAACAUCCCGUCAGCUCUCUUCUCUUGGAAUCUGUACACUGGUGGCCAUGAAGUGUCUAAAAGCAGUAGGUACUGCAGUCUGUUUGAGUUGGUGGAGGAGGAUAAAUCACCCAAGAGUUUGACCGCUUUACUGCAGAAACUGGAGGAGGAGGGGCUGGUGUUGGUGAAUAUGGUGAAUGAUGGAGGUUUUCUCUUCUUGCUGUCUGCCAGUCAGAUGGCCAACUCAAGUGAGCGCCGAAGCAUUUGGAAAUCAUCAUGUAUACAUGCACUUUUUAUUUACCCUGAGAAGCGUAAUGUGUUAAAGAGCUCAUGUUAUCGUUUGGAGAUCUACGAACCUCUUUCGUCAGAGCCCUGCAAUCCUGUCAUGCCCCAACAUGCCAUGUUUAUCUCCGCCCUCCACUAUGCCCUCAGUAAAGCUCGCAGUGACCCCCCUACUGACCCCAGUGCCGCCAUAGAGCAGCAGGUGUAUGAUUACCUCAUUAACUUGCGUGAAGGCAAACCCUCGCAGCGUCUCAGGACCGACUACGACCCAAAGCUCGACAUGAAGGAGAAGCUCUUCCCCGCUCCCAGGCAGAAGAGCAACUGGGAGAGCUUCAUGCGGCUGUACAUCUACAACCCCACUGCAUUCACCAUGCUUCUAGAGAGGGUAAAGCAGAAGGUGGAGGAGCUCCAGGUUCAGAACGACCCGAGCACAGAGCAGACUGACCCUCAUAGUGAUCCUAAGAAAGUGAAAGAGCUGUUGAAGCUCAUUCAGUUGAACAAGAGGAACUCUAAAGGAACAUUGUUUGGUGCAGGAAGUCCAAAUGUGGUGGAGGACACCUGCACACUCAAGAGGAAGGUGGAACUCGGCACUCCUGAAGGAAGCUCAAAACGUCAGAGGAAUAAACCCUUUAAUGAGGAAAUUAGAGAAGAUGUUGGCGUGUCAGUGGUGGAUGCUCGUGCCAUAAACACGCACAGACGGGCACUCCGCUUCUCACACUCUACAUACUCGGAGGGAAGGUCCACUGCAUCUUUAGCCAAUGUUCUGACCAGCGCUGGUCUUCAGGACACAGACUUGAGAAAGGAUAAAACUGCUGGCGCACUGAAAGUCAUGGAAAUGCUGGACAGCCUGGGAAAGACGAGUCUUGACACAGACCUGCGCAAAGAAAAAGCCCAGGGGGCACUAGAGGUCAUAAAACUGAUAGACAACCUGACCAGAGGUGCGGCAGAGUUGUCCAAAAACACACAGAUGAAGGAGACCCCAGAUAUUUCUGAUGCAGCACUAUUCAACAGCAUGGUACGACUCGGUUUCCCCACUGACCGUGACAUCGACCUGAGGAAACGAUUCAUGGAGGAUGAACCGGAGAGGAGUGACCGUCUUGAGGAGGAGACUGCUGGCAGCUUGAGUAGUUUAGAAGCAUUUAGUCCAUGCUCAGAUUCUGGUGGACAGCAGCGUGGGGUUAACCUGCUUGGAGAAAAGUCCAUUCCAUGGGUGCUGAUACCCAUCACAGGCCUGAAAACUGUGAGAUAUUCCCAAAGACAGAUGGAUUACCCUGAAGAUCCACGCUUCAUUCAGAGCCCAACAGUGUCCACACACACCUCACCUGACAUUAAAGAUCUCUCCCCCUACCAGCCUGACUCUUCCAGCAACACUGCAGCUGAUCCAGACCUGCAGACUGCAGCAGAGACUGAAGACGAUGAGCCUGGCCCAUCUAGUGUGACCGCAUCCACUGACUGUUCUGAAAAUGCAGCCACACUGUCGAGUGGUGUUGACCUCAUAGUCGAUGAACUGAUCUCUGGCUUCUCUAAUGAGGUCGAAGAACUCUUGAGGGGCAAACGUAUUUUUUACGUCUCUUGCUCAAGCACUCAAUGCCCACAAGGACCUCCCCAAACGCCUGUACCACCGCUCUCCAAUUACAUCUCGAACUUCAACACCCCAAUUCCUGUCAGUAACUACAUCAGCUCUUUCCACGAGAGUUUGAUGAUGUUCAUAAACUCCCAGAAUGUUAAACGUGACCACAUGGCUCUAGAACAUGUGUCGUCAUCUUCAUCUGCUCCUGAAUUUUCUUCAAAUGUUCUUGUAUCUUCCAACUCAAAUGUUUGCAUUUCCUCGUCCUCACCCAGUAAACCUAGCAUCAGUUCUGACUUUCUUAGACCAUUUUCCCCUACUAGUGCUCUUGCUGACCCCAGUUCACAAGCACAACAUCAGUCAAGUCUGCCGCUAACAGAUAUCCCCCAAAUAGCCCAGAAGAUGUGGGCAUUGGAGCACAACACAGUGACUCAAGAGACACAGGAAGCACACAUCAAAACUUUAAAUGUGUUACAUGAGGUGAAUGAUAAGUCAGUUGUGGAGAAGAUUGAUGCUAUGGAGGAUCAAACGUCAAACCCUGAGGUGAUGGGUGAAGACAUCUCUGUGGAGCACACUCACUCCACCAUCAGCAGUAUCAUUGAUCAGCUUCAGCCGGAGGUGAUCAGUAACCUUGUGCAGAUCAUUCGAGGAGUCCAGAAGAACACAGUCUACUUUUACAUCCACUUGCUGGAUGAGGAGGAGAGUGAUGUUUGCUGGGAAAUAAAGGAAUAUUUGAAGAAGCUGGGUGAUUUGGAGUGUAACCCCCACAGUUUUCUUGAUAAAAACAAUAGUCAGGAUAAACUAUUGGUCAUCAUUCAGAACAUGGACAUAGCAGCUCAGGUUCAUAAGAUACCUGCUUUAGUCUCCUUAAAGAAGCAUCCAUCUGUGAGCUUUGCUGGAGUAGACAACCUGGAUGACAUUAAAAACCACACCUACAAUGAACUUUUUCACUGUGGAGGUUUCAUUGUGUCAGAUGAAUAUUUCUUGAACCCUGACGUCAUCACACCAGAGAAACUUCAGGAUAUCCUCCAGUAUCUCGAGCAGAUCAACACUCCACACAACCCCUGGAGAUGGAGGAUACAUUUCAAAUCUCACAAAAAACUCAGAGAGCAAAGCAGGUCUGUUUGCAGGCUCAAAUCUGAUGCUCUGAGUCUGUACGAGAUCCUUACUGCAUACGAGAAGAGACACAUAGUGGAAAUUUUGUCGUAUCAUGACUGUGACGCUCCGUCACAUAGAGCACCUGACCUGGGCUGUCUAGUGGAUCUGCAAGCCAGAUUCAUCAAACAACGACACCUCAUAUUUCUGACAGGCUGCCGAUUUGAGAUGUUUCCUCACUACGCAAGCAGCGGCAUCAUGAUUGCCAAUGUUGAUGACAUAAAAUGUAUAAUAAGCAGUUUAACCUGUGAAAACACAGACAACAUCCCGUUGGCUGAGAUUCACCCAACUCCCGCGCAAACCUCAUGAUACAUACAUAUACAUAUACCAGAGCCUGCCAGAUCCAGCUCUGGUCCUGCCAGAUGUCCAGCUCCCACUACUACAUGCUGCUGAGUGAGGAUGACUAACAGCAGCCUGAGCCAGACAGAUAUCACUUCAGUCUACUACGAUGGACUUUACAGAGGAUGAACUCAUGCCAGCUCCAACCGUAAGACAUGGGAUACUUCACCAGCCACUGCCUGAAACACCGGAAAUGAAGUGCCACAAGCUUCCGAACUGCAAUGCACCUCACUAACAUCUGCUUGCAUCACCUUGGUCAAAGAAUGGACUACACUUUUAAAAUGGAAUACAUUGAUAAUAAAUUAAUUACCAACUGAAGCCUUCAUCAGCCAAAUAACAAAAAAACAAUACAUCUGUGUGCACUUCCACAGUUAAUUCAGGAUGGACUUUAGACUUAGUCAUUAAUCUUCCAGUACAUACAAAAUCUUUUUGUUUAAACAUUGGCCACUAAAACUUACUUAGUUUACUAAUUUAAAACCAUGACUUGUACUACAGAUAAAUAACUAAUAUUGGCAUUAUAUUCAUGCUGUUUAGCCAGAGGGGAACUGGACCCCACAGUGAGCCUGGUUUCCCCCAAGGUUAUUUUUAUCCAUUAGCCAACAUCUUAUGGAGUUUUGUGUUCCUUUCCACAGUUGCCUUUAGCCUGCUCACUGGGGAUCUAAAUACAAAUAUUAUUUAUUAUUUAUUUGUUUAUUUAAAGGCACAAUUUGCAAUCAUGUUUUUUAGCAAACCGCACAAUUAUGACUGCAAGACAUUACAGAUAUUACAGCUUCUUUUUCUGUAAAAGCAUACUUUUCUGUAAAGGUGCUAUGAAAAUCAUCGAAUGGCAUAAGUUUAGGGCAGGGAACGUCUGUUUCAGACCAAUGGUAGACAGCGUGAGGGUUUGGGACAUCUAUUUGAAUUAGUUUCACAAUUUCAUUUGGUGACACUAGUGCCACAGAAAUAACAUCCUUUGGCUUUAAACCACAGGAAAAGGAGAGAGAGAAGAAAAUCGUUAUAAUAAUAAGGACAAAAAUACCAAAACUAUCAUAAAUCUGUAUGCUAACUGACCUGGCUCUCUGUUGUGGUUGGUGAGUGGUGUCAACGCUGGCACUGCCCACACUGUCCCCUCCACACACACUCAUGGGCUCCCAUGCAGUGGGCAGCACUUCAGAGACCGAGCGAUGAUGAGACAGAGAGCUGCUCAUGUCAGGUUCCACAGCUGAGGGCCGAUGCAGAGAGUCAAAAUGAACCGCCCUCAGUCUGUGGACGUGUUAUAAGAGAGUAAGGAAAAUUACUCUAAGACUGUGUGACAGAGAGCACAGAGCAUGUACAUGUGAGGUCAUAUGUAGAGAUAGCAUAACAUUACACUGUUUCUUUCUCUGAUUGUUUUUGAUGUUAUUCUAUAGUUCACGUAUAUACUUACAGUAUAAUAGUUCACAACAUUGUCUGCCCACUGUUUCAGCCUCUUUGGUUCCAAAAGUAUUUUUUCUAGUAAUUUUGUUUCCAUAGGGAUUUCAAAAAAUCCUUUAUAAAAGAGUUAUAAGCCAUAACCAAACCAGCCAGCUCCGAGGUGAAUCACAACAUUACAAAUUUUGAUUUGAAGCAACAAAGUAUUUUAUAAUCAGACAAAAAGACAAAGGUAAAAGACUUUCACUUAACGUUUUUCAUGAGGGCAUGAACAACAAUCCCAUGCAACAUUACAAAUUACAUCAAAUUCUAAAGGAAAGAAAAAAAUAAAAUUACUGAUUUAAAGUUGUUGUUUAUACAGUGUGUGCAUAAUUAUAAGGCAAGUCAGUAUUCUUAUCAUAUAUUAUUUCCAAGCAUAUUUUUCCAAUUCCAAACCAUAUCGAUCUGAAUAGUUACUAUGCAGUAUUAUUUUCAAGUGCUAUUUAAUUCUUGAUGAGGGAGGGUGUGGCUUAAAGCAACUAUUUUUAGAAACCAAUCUCUAUUCGACUUCAAACUCUUCAGACAUGUUUUGUAAGUUCUGUUGGCUGGUUUGUGUGCAGCUGUGUUGUGUUUCUUAUGUUACUAUCGCUGUGGCAGACCUGUUUUUAAAUAAACGAAACAAGUUUUCACUUAACGCCCUAUCUGCCAAGUGGGGCAGAGUAACUGCUGCUCUCUUGCAGUCUCAUUAAUGCACACAGGACAGCAGCGGUCGGUGAUGAUUUCCACUAAAUAAUACUUUAGAUUUCGGUUUGUUUCUCACCUUAUCGUAUGCUUUCAGAACAAGGCAUGAAUCUCAUGGAAUAAUAUAUUAGACUUCUGAAUUAUUUUCUGAAUUAUUUUGCAUUGUAUGCCAUUGUAUGACAUCACUGAGCACAAAAAGAAAGUAAGUAAUAUGGGGUUAUUUUUAAAGGUGCACUAAGAUCUUGUUCAUGUCAUCUUAGACUUACACUGACACCUAGUGGUCUGAAUGCAGCAUCAUUCAAACGCAAUAGUUUUCAGUUACUGAUGCAAUUUUAGAAAUUCACAAUUCACAGUCAGCCAUGAUUACUUUAAUCAAUGAGUGAAAGUGUCAAAUAACAGGAUGGUUACUGAGAUUAGGCGAGAAGUAUUAGGCUGGUCAUGUGAUUCUAACAUGGCAGCCCCCAUGUGCAGACCCUCUCCAUGUAGAAUAAAACAGCUUUUAUAAGGUUACUGGUAUCACUGAACUCUUCAUUUUAAUGUGAGUAGUCAUGUUUUCCUACAUAUGUUUCAAAAUUACAAUUAAUUUCUUAAGGAGUACAGCUUUUUUAAUGAGGAAAAAAUUACUGAGUGCACCUUUAAUAUGUUUAAAGUGUUUUGCAAAAAUUUCAGAUUUAUGCAAAUAUACUGUACAGUAUAAGUAGUUUGAGAGUGAAGGGAGAACAACUCAAUUGCACCAUUCAAGGUGAAUCAUGGGAGUGUGCGGACACUGCAGAGCUGACUGCAGUUCUCUGACUGGUGGAUCCUUUCUCUUCAGGAUCAUGGGAAGUGUGUUUUUUCACCAGAAAUUUAGCUAUUAAACAAAAAAUGUUUAACAGUGAAGUUUAAAUAACGUGGACUGAUGGCUUCCACAUAUCCAUAAGGAUAUACCAUUUAUUAACAACCUCAGAGCUCACAGUAUGUCUGUCUUUAAAUGUUUAUAAGUUAUUAUUAAAAACCCAUUCACCUAUGGAAAAACAAUGUAAUUUUUACUCCUUUACGCUAUAUUGGUUUGUAAAGCCACUUGUGUGUGUAUUAGGGAUGUGCAAAACUACCAAUAUUCAUAAUGGACUAGUCGGUCGAAUGUUUGAAUGACUACUCGACUAGUCGGUGUUAAGGAUAAUAAUGUAUAAUUAGGCUCCGUAAUGUUCAUGUGACCCCGAUCACACGCCUUUUAGAGGGAUAUAUGGACGCAAAGUGCAGCACUUAAAAAAUAUGAGCAGAAAUUGUUACAUUAAAAUCUUAUAACAGAAACACUGACAAGGAGAAAGAACAGUGUUCAUGCAAAAUUAUCCUGUUUUAAUUACAUUUAAUGUAAAGGUUAUGGAAGUUUGUGGAAGCAUACAGUGUAAAAAACGUAAAUGUGACUGCAAUUUCUGUAAGUAUUUGUGUUUCUCAGUUGCACAUUUAAGUCCCCAUGCACAGAAGUGAUGAAGCGAUUGCUCUCUUGGU